AUGCUUAGCUAUGUCCUAGCAAUUUCAGUAGUAUUACUCGUCUGUUCAGCUACAGGGAAGAGGGAACGUUUUACACUAGAGGAAAUUAUCCAAUACAAGCCUAUUGUAAAACGUCAGGCUGAAUGCGGACAUUAUUCACAGUGUGGAUCAUGGAAAACUAAUGGUUUUUGCAAUAACCACUUCUUUCCCACCGAUGUCAAACAACAUUGGUGUGGAAAAGCUUGUGGGCUUUGUUGA